UAGUAUUUGAGCUUCGGAACCUCGAUUGACAAUCCGUCAACGUCUGACCGAUCUUAUGCUGGGCGCAAAAGGGGUACUUGCUUCUGCUGUCUGAGUCUGGGAACAAUCACGUUCCAUAGAUGUUGGUGUUUGUUUCUUCUAACAGCAGCCCAUCACAACUCCCCACUGAUCCUACCUUUAUCUCACGGGCCCAAAAUGCCCUUCUCCACCGGGGAGGGCGGCUUGUUCCAGCUCGACCAGGAGAGCUUCGACUUCAACGUGCAAUUUGAACAAGUCUUCUUCUCUAUAAUUCCGUCUGUGUUGUUUAUUGCUACGUCGCUGUGGCGAACACUAUCACAGGCACGGAAGCCUACAGUUGUGGACGCCCCAAUCUUCCAGCUCGUGAAAUUGUGCACCAUCACGACCUAUGUUGGCCUCGAGCUCUCCCUCGUCAUCUUGGUCGCCGUUGGCUCCUUCCAUGUCACCAGCGUCUUUAUAGCCUCAUCGGUCCUCAAGCUUGUCUCCGCCUUGUUCAUGAUUACUCUGAGCGUUAUUGAUCAUAGCAAAAGCCCACGGCCGUCUGUCCUCUUGAGCAGCUAUUUGUUCCUGACUCUGCUACUCGAUGCGACGCAGGCAAGGACAUUGUUUCUCUCAUCGGACCAGAAGCCUGAGGUUACCUACAGCAGUAUAUUCUGCGCUGCAAUUGCUCUGAAAGCCGGCAUAUUGCUGUUAGAGGCGCAAAGAAAAUCCAAAUGGGUCAGGUGGCAGGAUGAGAAGGAGCAUAGCCCCGAGGAGACCAGCGGCAUUUUCUCCCUGGGUAUCUUUUCUUGGCUCAACACGCUAUUCCUUGACGGCUACAGAAAGAUCCUCACUGUCAAUGACCUCUACCCCCUCGAUAGUACCUUAAACGGCAAGGUUCUGCAUGAAGAAUUUUCGAAGAAAGUGGAUUACUCUAAGCUUAAGGGCGACAAAUUUGGCCUGGCGAAAGUUAUAAUGCGCACAUUAACAGUGCCCCUGCUGCUUCCAGUUCCUCCUCGCCUGGCCCUUCUAGGGUUCACAUUCUGCCAGCCGUUUUUUAUUGAGAAGCUCCUUGAGCAUCUUUCUCGGCCGCGCGUCGACAACAACAUUGGCUAUGGGUUUAUUGGAGCAAGUAUCCUAAUCUACUCAGGCAUUGCUAUCUCUAUGGCUUUAUACAGCUAUUUCCACCACCGCAUGCGGACUAUGAUGCGAUCCAUACUUGUCACUGAAAUCUUUAUCAAGGCCACACAGGCCCGUAUUGGCACCUCAGACGAUAGUGCUGCCCUCACUCUGAUGAGUACGGAUAUGGAGCGAAUUAUGAUGGGGUUCCGGUCUUUCCACGACAUCUGGGCCUCUAUACUCCAAGCUGCUCUGGCAGCGUGGAUGUUGUACACUCGGCUCGGUGUAGUCUUCGUCGUGCCAAUGGGGCUUGUUGUGGUCUGCUUUGGGGGGCUGACAGCACUCGUAAAAUUCACAGGGGACUCGCAGAGGGCCUGGAUGGCUGGAGUGCAAAAGCGUGUCGGCUUGACCGCCACCGUGAUUGCCAACAUGAAGAACCUCAAGAUCUCGGGCCUAUCUUCUGCAGUCAGAGACUUCGUGCAGCAGCUACGUGUCGAUGAAUUGGCGGCAGGGGGACGGUUUCGCAAAAUCGCGAUCAUCGCGGCCUUGCUUGGCUUCACGCCGCUGCUAAUCAGUCCACCACUGACCUUUGCAUUCGCUAAGAGGACUUUGGACGCAUCGACAAUGUUCACAAGCCUGUCGUAUCUCUUGCUCUUGACCAACCCGCUGACAACGGUCUUUCAAUCUGUCCCCCAGUUCCUCUCGGGACUCGCUUGUUUGGGCCGCAUUCAGGCCUUUUUGGAGUGCGAAAAUCGCCAUGACUUUCGCCAAGUCCUCGCUGAUAUCAGGUUGGACUCAGAGAAGCCGGCGUCAAGCUCCGAAGCUGUUGGUGCACCACAGUCUGACUCACCUCACCCAAUCGUCAUCAAAGACGGGAGCUUUGGCUGGGAGGCUGAUAAGUUCGUCUUGCGGCACAUCAACACAAAAAUCUUGAAAUCCUCUCUUACACUUGUCGUCGGCCCUGUUGGAUCAGGAAAAUCAACAUUUUGCAAAGCACUGCUUGGUGAGAUUCCCUUCAGCAAAGGGAGCGUCACCUUGAGUACACGGUUCCCCCACGUUGGCUUCUCCGACCAGACGGCGUUCUUGGCGAACGGAUCGAUACGAGACAACAUCAUCGGGUUCUCCACAUUCGAAAAUCGCAGAUAUACCGAAGUGAUUGAGGCUACAGCAUUAGCCUUCGACCUGGCUACGCUCCCACAAGGCGACAGGACAAACGUUGGAUCUGAUGGAAUUACUCUAUCCGGUGGACAGAAACAACGUGUGUCUCUGGCACGAGCUCUCUACUUGCAGUCAGACAUGUUGGUCCUUGAUGAUGUGUUCAGUGGUCUCGACGCAGAUACAGAAGAGAAGGUCUUUCGUGGAGUGUUUGGCCCAGACGGGCUGCUCAGGAGGCGAGAGUCCACCGCGGUGCUAUGCACUCACAGCAUCAGACAUUUGCCCGCAGCCGACCACAUUAUAGCACUUGGAGACGGCACCGUGAUCGAGCAAGGAAGCUUCGAGCAGCUUAUGAGCAGAAAAGGAUACGUACAGUGUUUAGGCCUCAAGAGUUCCUCAGAAAGCGAUGUCUCGUCCCAGGAUCCUAGUGGUCAUCAAGAUCUGGAAGCUCCUUUGCUCCAUUUGGCGACUACUAAGACAUCCGAGCCAGCUCCUGCUGUGGAUGAAGCGCGAAGGGCUGGCGACAAGACGGUUUACAAGCAUUAUUUCAAGAGCAUGGGCAUCGUAUUAGCAUCUUCGAGUUUGUUUUUCGGUGCUCUUUGGGGUUUCUUUACAAAUUUUCCGACCAUCUGGCUCAAGUAUUGGUCUGAUGAUAUUUACUCGGACCAUCCGACACGCUCCUACGCCUACUAUGCUGGAAUAUAUGGUCUACUUCAGAUCUGUGCUAUGAUAUCGCUGCUGCUGCUCGGGAUUGCGCUCUUUGUCGUCUCUGUGAAGAGAGCGGGCGCCAACAUCCACCGAGAUGCCUUGCGUACGCUCAUACAAGCGCCAUUGGGAUUUUUCACCAAGACAGACACCGGAGUGGUGACGAACCUCUUCUCCCAAGAUCUCAACCUGGUAGAUACGGAGUUGCCAAACUCGCUACUGAAUACAUUGUUCUGUGUCUUCCAAGCCAUCGGACAAGCCGCAGUUAUGCUCACCUCUUCUGGGUUCUUCGCAAUUAGCUACCCGUUCCUCGGCGUGCUGCUCUAUAUCAUACAGAAAUUCUAUUUGAGGACCUCUAGGCAACUUAGGUUGCUAGACCUCGAGGCAAAGAGUCCUCUCUACACGCAUUUCCUCGACACUGUCAAGGGUAUUACUACUUUGAGAGCUUUUGGCUUCAUUCCAGACGACAUGCAAAAAAAUGUGUAUUUGAUCAAUACGAGCCAACGUCCGGCAUACCUUCUCCUGAUGAUUCAAUCUUGGCUCGGCCUUGUUCUUGACCUCAUGGUGAUGGUGAUGGCAACGGUGCUGACAACUUUGGCUGUUCGCCUCCAUUCGAAUUCGGGGUUUGCCGGUGCAUCCUUGGUCUCCCUAAUGAGCUUUGGUGAAAACCUUUCUGGCAUCGUGAUAUUCUAUACCCAACUCGAGACUUCUAUCGGGGCCAUCGCCAGACUCAAAACGUUUAGCGACAGCGUCAAGCCAGAGGACAGGGAUGAAGAGAAUGUUACUCCACCUGAGCAAUGGCCAUCCAAGGGUGUCGUGGAGCUGAAGGGCGUGUCUGCUGCCUACGAUGUGGGAGAUCAGGUAGACGAGAAGCCAAGUCUAGCCCUCCGCGACGUCCACCUCAAGAUUAGGUCGGGCGAAAAGGUGGCUAUCUGUGGCCGUACCGGCAGCGGAAAGUCCAGCCUGAUUGCACUUCUCCUCAAGCUUCUUGAUCCGACCCCAGAGACCGCAGCCCAGUUGGAAAUUGACAGCACGCCACUUCGAAGUGUAAAUCGCGCUGCAUUGAGACAGCGAAUAAUCGCGGUCCCCCAGGAAGCUGUGUUCCUACCGGAUGGGUCAACCUUCCAGGCCAACCUGGAUCCAUGUAACGUUUCCUCUGCCAACGAAUGCAGAGAUAUCUUAGCGGCGGUAGGUUUGUUGCAAUUUGUCCAAGAGCGGGGCGGGGUGGAAGCAGGCAUGAACGCAAGCACCCUCAGCGCCGGACAGCGACAGCUGAUGUCGCUCGGUCGGGCACUCUUGAGGCGUCGGAUACGGGCCAGAAAUCUUGGCAUGGGGUUGGAUGGCUCCGAGGGUGGUCUCUUGUUGCUGGAUGAAGUCAGCUCCAGUGUGGACCGUGAGACGGAAGGUGUUAUGCAAGAGAUCAUUCAGAAGGAGUUUGAGGGGUAUACUGUCAUCGCGGUUAGCCAUCGACUAGAUAUGAUCAUGGAUUUUGACAGAGUUGUCGUCAUGGACACUGGGGAGGUCGUGGAGGUCGGGAAUCCGAUGGUAUUGGCCGAGGAGGCAGAUUCUAGGUUUGGUGACUUGGUGAGGGCCGGAUCCAAAUAGAUAGAAAUGCAACCAGAG